GGCGGUGCGGGGCCGCGGCGAUGCGGGCGGGCCUGGCGCUGGGGCUCGGCCUGGGGCUGGCCCUGCUGCUGGCGGCGCGGCGGCGGCGCCGGGCGGUGCGCGAGGUGCUCUUCUUCCCCUCGCGGCACUGCUGCACCGAGGAGCUGCUGGCCGAGGCGGAGGGCCGCGGCGGCCGCCCCGCGCCGUGCCCGUGCCCGCUGCCCCGCGCGGACUGCUCCUUCAGCCGCCUCCUGCGGCGCCUGCUGUCCGCCCGCCGCUCCCUCGAGCUGUGCCUCUUCGCCUUCUCCAGCCCCGAGCUGGGCCGGGCCGUCUGCGUCCUGCACCGCCGCGGCGUCCGUGUCCGCGUCGUGACGGACUCGCAGUACAUGGCGCUGAGGGGCUCGCAGAUCGGCGUGCUGCGGCUGCUGGGCAUCCAGGUGCGUCACAACCAGGACGUGGCCUUCAUGCACCACAAGUUUGCCAUCGUGGACAAGAAGCUGCUCAUCACGGGAUCCCUCAACUGGACCGUGGAGGCGAUCCAUAGCAACCGGGAGAACGUGGUGAUCAUGGAGGAUGCGGAGUACGUGCGGCCUUUUCUGGAUGAGUUUGAAAGGAUUUGGGAAGAGUGCAACCCUGGCAACUACACGUUUUCUUCCUAAAGAUAACGAUUAAGCAGCUUCCCUGAGCUGGAGGGGUGUGGAACAGAUGGCAUUCAGGGGGGUUGUUAUUACCUAUAGCCGUCAACGCAUUACCCGUCUGGUUGUAAUUUCGUUAAGCUCCUCCUGAGCUGAAGUGCUCUCUACCCCAAAUUGCCACAGGUGCCUCGCGUGCUAAAUGAGCAGGAACGACCCAGCUGAUGGGCUCUGUGAGGACAGAAGCAAUGGGACGCUGUGGGAGGGCUCACUGCUGUGCCCUGCAGAGGGUGAGGUGAUGUUUGCAUUGCACUCAGGACUUGUGCAGGGAGCUGGGCGUUGUGCAGCUCGUGGUGCUGCGGGAUGGAGCUGCACCCUGAAGGAAGGGUGGUGAGGGCUGCAGCAAAGCUGGGGGUUGUGUAGGCGGGGUUGUCACUGUAGUUGUCCUUCGUUUGUUGGCAUGGAUUAUUGACAGCUUGUGAAAGGAAACCUGGGAAAUAGGAAGUUUUGGGUUGUGUGUGUGAGUUUCCUCUGGUUUGAGGCUAGUAGAGUUCCAGAGUGAAUGUGUGAGAGCAGACAGCAGUGCUGGCUCAUCUUCCUGCAAAGCAGUGCAGAGUCCCCAGGAAGAGCUGAGGGAAGCUGCUCUGUGGGCACAGUUGGCCUCAUCUGAGGAGCAGCUACAGCUGCAGCGUGACUUGCAGCUUUGCCUGCAACUUUAUUCUUAGUGUAACUGUGUUUGCUGAUGUAAUCAGAGCUUAAACUGCUCUCUACAAGUGCUGCACCUCCCGGUGUUAAUGUGCCUCUCAGGCAAGCUCCACAUCACCUGGAGUGUUCUGCACUCGUGGGUUGGUUGGUUCCAUUACAUAGGGUGUCGUGUAGGAUGUGGGGGUGACAUCGUCACACUGAGUUUGUUCUGUUCUGUUGGAGAAGGUUGGCGUGGGAGUGGGGAACCAAAACCGUGCGUUGUUAUCGUCUGUGAUGCAGCAGCUGGGGAAGGAGCUGGGGCACUUUACUCUGUAGUAAGUCUGGUUCAGCAGGUUGAAAUGUAUGCUCCUUUAAGCAUUUGAUUGUUGUUAAAGUUCUACCUGUUGUGUUUUCUUUGUGAAGUGUAACUAUAAAAGCAGACAGCUCCCUCUG